AUGGUCCAAGUACGAUUUGAUAUGAAUGAAUUGGAGAUGGUCCGUCCACUCUUUGCGUGCAUGCCCCGAUGCGCCAAGACCGCCGCUGCAUGCCUUGAUGCCUGGGGUUGCCAGCCCCCGUCCUUCCUGAUCCGUGCUACGCUGGUAAUCUAUUAUAUCGAUCCUGACCGGUGUGUUGGUCUUUGCUAUGGACUGGAUUAUUGCCUAUAUUUGCCAUUUACCAUUGUCUAUUCAAUCAGUGCCCAGGAUGGUCGCCCCCACGUCGAUCUGGUAACAUCGUUACAAGCUUGUUAUACGACACUCUCUUCAUCUCUCUCUCCUCCCUUGGUCAACUCACCAUCGCGUCCAGACGAAACGAACGACAUCUACGACUCUCUUUUGUCCCAUCGCUCGAAAUUCGCAAAGUACGGCACCCAUCCACCAACUGAGCGACAACCGCGUCUCACCAGGGUCCCAGCAUACUCCAUAGUUGGGGUCCGAUUUACGGCUGUGGCUUGUGACAUCCGAAACCAUUCCAGUCUCUCGAGGACCACGUCAUCUCGAUUCCGUCUCGUCGGGGCGCCUAGAUGA